CGUUACGGGUGGAUGCACAACAGAAUUGAGCCGAAAAGGGGACCUCUGUGCCUUGGCGCCCUGAUCUCUCCCUCCCCGAAUGCCUUUCUCUAUUCCUCUCCUGUUUACACAGGAAAACCACAUUGUCUCUUUCUCCUACAUCAGGAAGUUCAGAGCCCAGGGAGAAGGAAGGAGAGGGCUGGCAGGGGAUACCGCAAUCUCGAGCUGAAGCGCAUUUAUCGUUCUAUCCCAUCAUGAACGAUCUUUUAUCGGGUUCCUUUGAGAUACAAAGGGAUCCAACAUCUGGAAAUGGAGAUAUUGAAGUUGCAAUUCAUAGACCAAUGAACUCAGGAGAACUUCGCCUGGAUAAUUUUUUUAAUCGGGUUGAAGAACUUGACAAACAAUAUGGUAAAGUGGACAUGCUUCUCAGAAAACUUCAGGAUUCCCAUGAGAAAUCAAGGGCUAUAACAAAGGCUUCUGCAAUGAAAGCAAUUAAGCAGCAAAUGGAGAAAGAUGUCGAUGAAGUUGGAAAAAUUGCUCGGUUUAUAAGAUCAAAAAUUGAGGAGAUUGACAAAGAGAACUUAGCCAGCAGGAACAAACCUGGUUGUGGCAAAGGAUCAGCUGUUGACAGAUCACGUUCUGCAACUACAGUUGCGGUGAAAAAAAAGUUCAAAGACAAGAUGAUGGAAUUUCAGACUUUAAGGGAAAGCAUCCAUCAAGAAUAUCGUGAGGUUGUUGAGAGACGCGUAUUCACAGUUACUGGAAAUCAAGCUGAUGAAGAGACAAUUGACAGGUUGAUAGAGACUGGGGACGGUGAGCAAAUAUUCCAAAAAGCUAUUAGGGAACAAGGGCGAGGACAGAUUAUGGACACCCUUGCAGAAAUUCAAGAACGCCAUGACGCGGUGAUAGAAUUAGAACGGAAGCUUCUCGAGUUGCAACAGAUAUUCUUAGACAUGGCAGUGUUGGUGGACGCUCAAGGGGACAUGCUUAACAACAUAGAAUCCCAGGUACAUGCGGCAGUUGAUCAUGUACAAUCAGGCACUACUGCACUUCAAAAGGCAAAGAAGUUACAAAGAAAUUCCAGGAAAUGGAUGUGCUUAGCAAUAAUUAUCUUCCUUGUAAUUGUUGCAAUCAUCCUAAUUGGUGUACUCAAGCCGUGGACUAGUAACAAUGGCGCAUAAUUUAGCUCCUUUAGUCCAAAUUACACCAAACCAAAGAUGCCUAACUUAUUCCACUUGGAAGUAGUCUCCAAGAUGAUAUACAUAUAAAGCUUACAUAUACUCCGGCUAAAGAAAAAAUCGCAUGUUUUGACGAAACG